CGCAUCAGCUGUGAACCCCUUCAUUCCUAGUUCUAGCAAAACCCCAGUUUCAGUGUUCCCAUCACUCGGAAGAUUGCAGAAACCAGCAAAAAUGAGUCAACUGAGCCGAGCCGCGAUGAAAUGGAGCCGCCUUAUGGAAACGGCGCAGCCAAAUCGACGGCUGCCUUCCACCUUUUUUCUCUCGCCGAAGCUGUUCUCUACUGAGGCAUCCGACUCGAGCCUCGGCUCCGCCGACGAUCAAUUUUUUCGAAUUCCAGACUCUGGUUCAGUUUAUGGGAGAGUUAAUAAUAUCACGAAGUUUACUACAAAGAGUGAUAUAAUAAAUGUCCUCGAGGGGUGUAACUUGAAUCCACAUAAUCUCAAAGUUGAAUAUACUCGAACCUACCUUCCGAAGUCUAUGAUGGUUGAGUUUCCAUCUCGCUCAGCUUAUGAUGCCGCAGUCAAGUCAAUUAAUAGGAAAGGUCGCUUGUUUAAUAUGAUAAGGGCUGAUAAAGCUCAGUGGGAUAUUACUACUCCUUAUGAUGGCAAAGUGAUUUUGCUGCAGGGAAUCCCUCGCAAUGCAUUAAUUGAUGAUGUUGAGCGCUUCCUUUCUGGUUGCCACUAUGAUUCGUCAUCCAUUCAGAUGUUUGUCAGGCCGACGGAUCAAGGCCCCAUUAGAAUGGCACUUGUUCGCUUCCCGUCCCAAGCUUUGGCCAUGCAUGCAUAUAUUACCAAGAACAGAGGCUUUUGUCUCAAUAAUCAAAUCACACUGCAAGUUCUCCAUUAGCUUUAGUUUUCUUUCAUGGGGAAACUUUAUGUCCCCAUCCCCAGUCAGAUUUGCCGUUAUCAUCUAUUGGCAAUGGUUGAGAUAUAUAGUUUUCUUGUGAGGGACAAAGUAGUGUUCGUAUAAUUGUUAAGGUUUGUUUCAAGCAACUAAUUUUGUCUCCAUUAACUUCCAAUUUCAUCUGAUCUUGUUAAGCAAAGCAGUGACUUUCUUAUUAUUACGCAUUUUUUUUAAGCUUGUAAUGCCUUACAGUUUGUUCUAGAUAGCUACUCUAAUUAUCUGGAAAUACAAUAAUGGUUGGGGGUGGUA